AGGUCAGAAGUCGUUUGGACGACUGGACGGCUUAAUAAGCUAAUACCGAUAACGGCUUCAAAGUGCUGCCAACAGCGAUGAAGAAUUGCGUCAAAAAGCAAAACGAUGCUGAGCAGAAAAACUUGAGGCACAUAGAAGGCAACGGCAGCUGGAUAAGUUGGCCAAAUAUCAUUCCAAAGCAGCAUGCAAAUCGAGCUGGCCAAGUAGGCCACUUGCAUGCCGGAGAUGAGGAACAAUUUCGUGUGGCGCAGAUUCAUAAUCUUGCCGUAAUGAAAACAGACGCCCACACUAAGGAGGUGAUCAUCAACGCGUGCUAUCAGAUCAAAGAGUCGAAUCAGUCGCCGCACAUGCAGCCCGCUGCAGAGAAAGAGUGUAAACAUGCCGAUCAUGCCGAUGAAUUUCUGGAGGGUGUCUCCCACUUGGCUGAUUGGCGAAUCGAAAAAGUAGCCCACAAUGCUCUGUUGCUGAAUGAGCGCAGAUAAAAAGCAAUAGCCAAAGAAGCUGAGCUGGAGUAGAGCGUUCAGAUAGCCGAGGCGACUCAUCUGGAAAUGUCGUGCUGCAGGUUGACCACUCAGACGGAAAGGAGUCAGUCCUAGAAUAUAGGUGAACAGAAGCAGCGACUGCUCAGCACCGUAAGCAUCUCGUGGAUGGAACAACUGUCUCCAAAUUGACCGCAUGACUUUCGAAAAUAGAACUAGUUUCUGUACCGGAUGCGGAACACCUU